CAGACCUAUUAUAGAUUCAAGAUGGCGGAUAUUCGAGAGAGACUCGAAAGACGAAACGAAGAGCGAUUGGCAGCGAUUGAGAAGCGUAAAGCUGAUAAAGAAAGCAAAGAACAACCAUCAGAAAAUGUAGAGUACAUCACUUCUACUUUCUCUAAAGAAAAGAGUGAUAUUGAGGAGCAGCUAGGCAAAAGGGCUACUACAAUCGAAGCCGGGAAUAAACUAAAGGCGGGUGAAUUCUUUGAUAUGCUGUCAGACAAGUGCCAGAAACUUCAAAAAUUCGUGGCGGACUCUGCAAUGUUUUUGCCUUCUCGUGAUAUACAAGUCUUACAGGAAACCGUGAAGGCUUUACAGCAGGAUAUUAAUGAGAAGAGGGAGGAAUAUCUGCCCAAGAAAAAGUUUACUUUCAAGACGAGAAAAAAGGAAACAUUUAAUAAGGAUGGACCUCUCAGUCAAGAGGCAAAGAACAAAGAGCUUCCUUUACCAGCAACAGAAAAGAAGCUUUUAGAUUCCUGUCUAGGUUUUCAAGGAGUUGCAGAUCAAACACUAACCAUGAAUCAGUCACAGGUCAAAAAUCAAGACAUCACUCUAAGAGAUCUUCAAAACUGUACUGUAAUUAUUUAUGGUCCACCAUCUGCAUUGCAUAUGAACAAACUGACAAGGUGUACAGUCUUAUGUGGACCUGUGUCAGGAGCAGUAUUCAUUGAAGACUGUGCGAAAUGCAAUUUUGUCUUUCCUUGUCAUCAGCUGCGAGUUCAUAGCACAACUGACAGCAAGUUUUAUCUUCAUGUCACUAGUAGAGCUAUUGUUGAGGACUGUUCCAAUGUAGGUUUUGCUCCUUUUAACUGG